AUGUCAUACUUUGAAACCAGUACUAGUAGUGUUCCUUCCGAAGCUAUGAAAGAUUAUAGCAAUGUUUCUAGUAACGUUCGAGCGCACUUGGCAAAGGUUUAUGGCACACUUGCUCUGACUUGCUUAACCGCCGCUGCGGGUGCCUACCUCCAUGUUAAUGAUAUGGUCAUAUAUGGAGGUGGGCUGUUGUCUUUCCUAGUGGGUCUCGGAUGUCUGAUUGGUAUACUGAGUCUAAGUCCCACGCCCGAGAAUAAUAACGUGCGAUUUGGGUUGCUUUGGGUAUUCGCCUUUAUGGAAGGUUUAUCUCUUGGACCACUCCUCAAAAUUGCCUUUGCAAUUAAUGGAUCUGGUGAAAUGGUUUAUUUUGCCGCUCUCUGUACAGCGGGAAUCUUUGCCGCAUUCACUUUGAGUGCCGUACUAUGUGAAAGACGGAGCUAUUUGUACCUUGGAGGUCUCCUUGGAUCGGUACUGAAUUUGUUAUUGUGGUCACAAGUAUUCAACAUGUUCUUUAGAUCCAAGCUCUUGUGGAGCAUAGAACUAUACACUGGAUUGUUUAUGUUUUGUGGAUACAUCUUGUAUGAUACUCAAGCUAUAAUUUAUCGUGCGGCAUGCGGAUAUACUGACGUUGUCGGACACACCGUGGAUCUGUUUAUUGAUCUGGUCGGAGUCUUUGUUAGAAUUCUCGUCAUUCUUAUGCAGAAAGAGGAGGAUAACAAGGAUCGUAAAAGAAAGGAAAAGCGUCAAAAUAAUUAUGCGGCAUUUUAA